AUGUGCACUGCGCUGCCGCUUCCUGUGUCGACGACGCCCGUCGUAACGUGUCGGAAACGCUCCAUCGCUUCCCUCUCCUCGCGUGAAAAGCCAACAAAGUGUCGCAAAAGUCGACGCAUUUACGACUUCACGUUCGACUUUCUCGCGCAGUUCUUCCACAUGCCACAGCGACAAGCGGCAGACGCCCUGCACGUGUCCGUCAUUACGAUCAAGCGCAACUGCAAGCGCCACGGCUUUCGGUGGCCCUAUCGCGCCAACAAGUACAGGUCGGGCCACUCGUUUGUGCUAUCAGAGAAGGGGCGGGCGUUCCACGACCUGCCGCUCGACUGUCUUCGGGACGACCUGCCGCUCGACCAGCCGACAUGGACGGCGUCAGCCCACGAAGACCUCAGUAGUAGCGAGUGCGACACGGACACGGAGAGCCUUCACGAGGACGAACAGGCCAAGAACGACUGCGGCGAGAUCCUCGCGUCAUUGCACAAGCUGUCGAGCGACGUCGACGCGAAGUAG